AUGAAGCUGCAGAAAAAUGGACGGGUGAUCGCUCCUGCAGAAGUGACAGAGGGACAAUCAGCCGUUCUGACCUGUAAAACCACCUGCAGUCUGACUGAUCCAACAUUCAUCUGGUACAAAAACAGCCGUGAUUUAACCACAAACACCAUCAAGAGCAAUGAAGUCCACCUGCAGUCGGUCAGCAGUGAGGAUGCAGGCAGUUAUAGCUGUGCUGUAAGAGGAUAUGAACAUCUCCGCUCUCCUGCUCACACACUCAGAGUCAGAUAUUCACCAACAAACGUCUUGGUGUCCAUCAGUCCCUCUGGUGAGAUAGUGGAGGGCAGUUCAGUGACUCUGACCUGCAGCAGUGAUGCUAACCCACCUGUGGAGAUCUACACCUGGUUUAAGGGGACAACAUUAAUAGGAAAAGGAAAGAUCCACAUCAUAUCUAGGAUCAGCUCUGAGGACAGUGGAGAGUACAAGUGCAAGUGCAGUAAUGAAGUCGGACAUCAGGAGUCCAGCAGUGUAACUCUGAAUGUUCUGUAUCCUCCUAAGAAUGUCUCAGUGUCCAUCAGUCCCUCUGGUGAGAUAGUGGAGGACAGUUCAGUGACUCUGACCUGCAGCAGUGAUGCUAACCCACCUGUGGAGAUCUACACUUGGUUUAAGGUGAAUGAAUCCUCAGCUGUAGGAUCUGGACAGAGUUACAGAACUCUACAGAGUGGACAGUACUACUGCGAGGCUCAGAAUAAACACGGCUCUGAGAGAUCAGCUGCAGUGUCCCAAAAUGUCCUGUAUCCUCCAAAGAAAGUCUCAGUGUCCAUCAGUCCCUCUGGUGAGAUAGUGGAGGGCAGUUCAGUGACUCUGACCUGCAGCAGUGAUGCUAACCCACCUGUGGAGAUCUACACCUGGUUUAAGGAGAUGACAUCAAUAGGAAAAGGAAAGACCUACACCAUCUCCAACAUCAGCUCUGAGGACAGUGGAGAGUACAAGUGCAAGUGCAGUAAUGAAGUGGGACAUCAGGAGUCCAGCAGUGUAACUCUGAAUGUUCUGUAUCCUCCUAAGAAUGUGUCAGUGUCCAUCAGUCCCUCUGGUGAGAUAGUGGAGGGCAGUUCAGUGACUCUGACCUGCAGCAGUGAUGCUAACCCACCUGUGGAGAUCUACACCUGGUUUAAGGUGAAUGAAUCCUCAGCUGUAGGAUCUGGACAGAGUUACAGAGCUCUACAGAGUGGACAGUACUACUGCGAGGCUCAGAAUAAACACGGCUCUGAGAGAUCAGCUGCACUUUUAAUUCUAAUUCUUUAUUCUCCAAAGAGUGUCUCAGUGUCCAUCAGUCCCUCUGGUGAGAUAGUUGAGGACAGUUCAGUGACUCUGACCUGCAGCAGUGAUGCUAACCCACCUGUGAAGAUCUACACCUGGUUUAAGGAUAUGAUAUCAGUGAGAAAUGAAAAGACCUACACCAUCUCCAAGAUCAGCUCUGAGGACAGUGGAGAGUACAAGUGCAAGUGCAGUAAUGAAGUGGGACAUCAGGACUCCAGCAGUGUAACUCUGAAUGUUCUGUAUCCUCCUAAGAAUGUCUCAGUGUCCAUCAGUCCCGCUGGUGAGAUAGUGGAGGGCAGUUCAGUGACUCUGACCUGCAGCAGUGAUGCUAACCCACCUGUGGAGAUCUACACCUGGUUUAAGGGGAAGACAUCAAUAGGAAAAGGAAGGACCUACACCAUCUCCAACAUCAGCACUGAGGACAGUGGAGAGUACAAGUGCAAGUGCAGUAAUAAAGUGGGAUAUCAGGAGUCCAGCAGUGUUAUUCUGAACGUUCUGUAUCCUCCAAAGAAUGUCUCAGUGUCCAUCAGUCCCUCUGGUGAGAUAGUGGAGGGCAGUUCAGUGACUCUGACCUGCAGCAGUGAUGCUAACCCACCUGUGGAGAACUACACCUGGUUUAAGGUGAAUGAAUCCUCAGCUGUAGGAUCUGGACAGAGUUACAGCUUCAUUUUAAGUUCCAGUAGCAGGGACCAGUACUACUGCGAGGCUCAAAAUAAACACGGCUCUGAGAGAUCAGCUGCAGUGACACAAAACGUUCUGUAUUCACCAAAGAAUAUCUCAGUGUCCAUCAGUCCCUCUGGUGAGAUAGUGGAGGGCAGUUCAGUGACUCUGACCUGCAGCAGUGAUGCUAACCCACCUGUGGAGAUCUACACCUGGUUUAAGGGGGUGACAUCAAUAGGAAAUGAAGAGACCUACACCAUCUCCAAAAUCAGCUCUGAGGACAGUGGAGAGUACAAGUGCAAGUGCAGUAAUGAAGUCGGACAUCAGAACUCCAGCAGUGUGACUCUAAAUGUUCUCUAUCCUCCAAAGAAUGUCUCAGUGUACAUCAGUCCCUCUGGUGUGAUAAUUAAGGACAGUUCAGUGACGCUGACCUGCAGCAGUGAUGCUAACCUACCUGUGGAGAACUACACCUGGUUUAAGGUGAAUGAAUCCUCAGCUGUAGGAUCUGGACAGAGUUACAGAGCUCUACAGAGUGGACAGUACUACUGCGAGGCUCAGAAUAAACACGGCUCUGAGAGAUCAGCUGCAGUGUCUGUCACUUUAAAUGUACUAUAUCUUCAGGUGAUCGCUCCUGCAGAAGUGACAGAGAGACAAUCAGCCGUUCUGACCUGUAAAACCACCUGCAGUCUGACUGAUCCAACAUUCAUCUGGUACAAAACCAGCCGUGAUUUAACCACAAACACCAUCAAGAGCAAUAAAGUCCACCUGCAGUCGGUCAGCAGUGAGGAUGCAGGCAGUUAUAGCUGUGCUGUAAGAGGAUAUGAACAUCUCCCCUCUCCUGCUCACACACUCAGAGUCAGAUAUUCUCCAAAGAAUGUCUCAGUGUCCAUCAGUCCCUCUGGUGAGAUAGUGGAGGGCAGUUCAGUGACUCUGACCUGCAGCAGUGAUGCUAACCCACCUGUGGAGAUCUACACCUGGUUUAAGGAUAUGACAUCAAUAGGAAAAGGAAAUACUUACACCAUCUCCAAGAUCAGCUCUGAGGACAGUGGAGAGUACAAGUGCAAGUGCAAUCCUCCUAAGAAUGUCUCAGUGUCCCUCAGCUCCUCUGGUGAGAUAGUGGAGGGCAGUUCAGUGACUCUGACCUGCAGCAGUGAUGCUAACCCACCUGUGGAGAUCUACACCUGGUUUAAGGAUAUGACAUCAGUAGGAAAAGGAAAGACCUACACCAUCUCCAACAUCAGCUCUGAGGACAGUGGAGAGUACAAGUGCAAGUGCAGUAAUCAAGUCGGACAUCAGGAGUCCAGCAAUGUAACUCUGAAUGUUCUGUAUCCUCCAAAGAAUGUCUCAGUGUCCAUCAGUCCCUCUGGUGAGAUAGUGGAGGACAGUUCAGUGACUCUGACCUGCAGCAGUGAUGCUAACCCACCUGUGGAGAUCUACACCUGGUUUAAGGUGAAUGAAUCCUCAGCUGUAGGAUCUGGACAGAAUUACAGAGCUCUAAAGAGUGGACAGUACUACUGCCAGGCUCAGAAUAAACACGGCUCUGAGAGAUCAGCUGCAGUGUCUGUCACUUUAAAUGUUCCAGAGUCUCAGAGUGUAGGUGUGUACGCAGUUGUUGGAGGCUUUGUGUUUGUGUGUAUUUUCCUUAUCAUCACCUUAUUUUUUAUAAGGAAAAUGAAAAGAACACAAGAUCAACAGGAAGAUAUCUACAGCGAUAUAGCGGUAGCAAAUCCACCACCCGAUACAGCCUCACCCAAUCAGGAUGAAGUUCUGUACGCCUGUGUUGAACGUCAGAGAGGUGCAGACUCCGGGAACACGGCUGAGAGUCGUGCUGUGAAAGCCUCUGCCUCUGAGGAGGAGGUGUGUGAGUACGCUAGUGUCAAAUCAACUCGUGUCGGUGCUAACUACAGGCCUGACAAUGUUGAGGAUACCAGUGCCAUCUAUGGGAAUGUGAAAUAAACAACAUUCACCCAUCGAUUCAACCUAAACACAACGUCCAUUUGGUCACUAUGGUGGCCCAGAGGGGCAAAUCAUCUUUUCCCUUAUAUGUGUACGUUUUGUCCCUUGUAAAUGUGUGCUUUUUUCAUGUAAGUGUAUUAUUUUUUGCGUGUGUGCGCAACUACUUUUUCCCAUGUGAGAACUUUCUUUCUCCCGUAUUUUGCAAGCUAAAUGCUAAUGCGCAAAGGACUAUGAGAAUGAGGUCAAAACGUAACUGAAGACGGAACCUUACGGUGUUAUGUGCUAAAAUGCCCCCCGGCCCAGAUUGUCCCCCUAUAUAAUCUCCAUUAAAUAUUAUAUUAGAACAUAAAUUCGUAGGUUUAUGAUUUACUAAUCACAAAUUACACCCAAUGAAUUUAAUUAUAAAAUAAGCUAUAUAAAAAAUCUGUGGCAGGGGGUUGGGUGCAUUUUAGCGCAUAACCCUGGCUUGAUUCCGAGUGUUCAUUUUGUCCAUGUUCGCCUCAAAAUCCCAUAGUGCCUUGCGCAUUAGCUUUAGCAUUUAGCUUUCAACUUAAUUGGAAAAGUUAGUUCUCGCACACGGGAAAGAUGCUUUGCCUUUCUGGAGCAUGUUUUUUCCCCUUGUGGUGUAUUAUUUUUACCUUGAAAAUGUGUGCUUUUUUUCCUUGUAAGUACAGUGGAACCUCGGAUUACGAGCAUAAUUUGUUCUGGAAGCGGGCUCAUAUUCCAAAACACUCGUAAAUCAAAGCACAUUUUCCUAUAAGAAAUAAUGAAAAUUUAAAUUAUUCAUUCCACAGCCCAAAAAAAUAAAUACAUAAAAAUAAUUAACACAAAAUAUAAAGUAAAAAUAAAACAAAUUAACCUGCAUGUUACCUUAAAAAAAGUAAAAAUAAAUCCCGACCAAUAAGUUUCCAUUUAUGCGCACAGGCGCUUUGUGUGUGUGUUUUUCUCCCUCCUGCACUGCUGAGUGUGUAUGUGUGUGCGAGCGUAAUUUGACACCGUGCCGGUUGUGUGUGAGUGAAGCACCCCUUCUCUGUUUCUCACACACACACACACACACACACACACACAAACACAUUAAAGGAGAGAGAGAGAGAGUGUGAACCGGCAACGGUGUCAAAUUACGCGCGUGCGCACAUAACACACACACUCUGCAGCGCAAGAGAAAGAAAAACACACACACAACACACACUUAAACACUGACACACAGUAAAGGCGAGAGAGACAGAGAGCGUGUGUGUGUUUGUGUUUGAACAGGCGCGGUGUCAAAUUAUGCGCACACACAUAACACACACAUACACACACACACGGAUUGAUUAUACCAGUAAGAGACGAGCACUAAGACCCAGCAAGGGAGAUGAAUACCCGCAGCGCCAGAGAGAGAAAAACCGUUGGCUCAGUUGUGAUGAUGCGACGCUCGGUGUCAAAACAAGAAGCGCAUGCGUUAUACAUGAUACUCGGUGCUCGUAAACCACGACAACGCUCGUUUUUUAAGUUAAAAUUUAUAAAAAAUCUUUGCUCGUCUUCGGAACACUCGUAAACCGCGUUACUCGUAAUCCGAGGUUCCACUGUAUAGUAUUUUCCCUGUGUAAGUAUAUUAUUUUUCUCUUGUAAAUGUGUGCUUUUUCCUAUGUACAUAUAUUAUUUUUCCCUUGUAAAUAUAUUAUUUUUCCCCUUGUAAAUUUAUUAUUCUUUCCUUAAAAAUGUGUACCUUUACCCGUGUAAGUAUAUUAUCUUUCUCUUGAAAAUGUGUACUUUUUUCCAUGUACGUAUAUUAUUUUUCCCAUGUAAGUGUAUUAUUUUUUCCUUGAAACUAUAUUAUUUUAUUCGCGUGAGUGUAUGAUUUUUCUUUUGUCAAUGUAUAAUUUUCCUAUUUUGGUCUAUGA